AGCACUCAGACUAUGUCAAAUACCAAAAUAUGAUAAUAAAUGUCGUAAUUUAUCAUUUGAAGAGGUUGAGAAGAAAUUACAGCGGGUUAAAACAUGGCAAUGAAGUAUUUGAUGAUUUAAUUUAUGGUAAAAUAACUUAUGAUGUGGCAUUAAAUGAAGGGGACCCAGUUAUAAUGAAAUCUGAUGGAUAUCCCACAUACCAUUUUGCAAAUGUUGUGGAUGAUCACCUUAUGCAAAUCUCUCAUGUACUUAGGGGUGUUGAAUGGCAAAUAUCUACCACAAAACAUUUAUUAAUGUAUAGAGCUUUUAAUUGGCAACCACCUGCUUUUGGACACUUGCCACUGUUAUUAAAUCCUGAUGGAACAAAAUUGAGCAAGAGACAAGGGGACAUAAAAGUUGCUCAUUACAAGGAAAAUGGUAUUUUUCCUUUGGCUCUUAUUAACUUUAUUAGUCACUGUGGGGGCGGGUUUGCCAAAGACUUGGAAAAGGGAUUUAAACCAAAGAUAUAUACUCUUCCAGAAUUAACUGAACAGUUUCGACUUGAUAAUAUAAACGUUCAUUCUGGAAAACUGGCACCAGAACGUCUCUUAGAAUUCAAUAGAUUGGAAUUUAAAAGACAAUUACAAAACGAAAAUAAUUUAAAUGAUUUCACAGAAAGAUUAAUGCAACUUAUUGAAAAGAAAUAUUAUAAGGACAGUGCAUCAUUUAAUUUGGAUAACCAAUAUGUAAAGUCAAUCAUUAAAUGGAGUGUAAACAGAAUAAAUCGCUUAGAAGACCUUAUAGAAAAUGAAUUUGCUUUUUUGUGGGUUUUCCCAACUAAUAGUUCAAGCAGAACAGAACAAGAAGUUGACAUUAUAAAAACCAUAAAAAGGACUUUAGAAACAGAAGAAAUAAAUUCGGACUUUUUAAAACCGUUCUUAAAAAGUACGGCGAAAACAUUUAACAUCCCUUUUUCCAAGCUAAUGAAACUUCUUAGAAGUAUCUUAAGUGGUUUAAAGGAAGGUCCCGGUGUAGUCGAAAUGAUUGAAAUAUUAGGAAAAGAGAACACAUUAAAACGGCUGGAUAAUUUUCUAAAAUACAAAGAAAAUGAUUAAAAACGAACAGUUAAUGUAUUACUUUUAUUACAUAUAUUGUUGUAUAGCUUGCUUUAUACAUAAACUUAUUAAUUAAUUGGAUUUUAUUUUCAA